AUGGUCGAUGACGCUGGUGCUGCCGAGUCCCAGCGAGGCAAACGGACCCCGACCCAGUCCCUGGAGCAGCUGCCUAGGUUACCGCUUCCGCCUCCACAGAUUCGAAUCUGGCCCUGGUGGUUUCCAAGGCAGGAACUGAGAAACCCUUUGGUGUUCUACCUGGAGGCAUGGCUGGCAGACGCGCUCUUUGGCCCAGACCGAGCCAUAACUCCAGAAAUGGAGUGGACGAGCCAGGCCCUGUUGACAGUGGACAUAGCGGACUCUGGGAACCUAGUCGAAAUCACCAUUUUUGGGCGGCCCUGUGUACAGAAUCGGGUGAAGAGCAUGCUCCUGUGCCUGGCAUGGUUUCACCGAGAACAUCGAGACUGAGCUGAGAAGAUGAAACACCUUGAGAAAAACUUGAAGGCCCAAACAUCAGACCCCCACACUCUCCAGGAUUCUGUUGCUUAAGACAACAGUGUCAGGAGCAUCUUGAGAACUUUGCAACUUUUGCUGCUUAAGUUGAAGAGAAGCA